GGGUCCCUGCGAGGAAGUGGGGGUGGCUCAGGCUGUUGACCUUUUCACAGAGGAGAAAAUGACAGACACAUGGGAGGAUGUCCCAUUCGUUGGCCUGCUGAUCCCACUUGUCCUGAGAGCCAUGAGGGGUGGCAUGGAGUUGAGAGGGAAAAUGUGCAGAAGAGGACUUUCACACGAUGGAUAAACCUGCACCUCGAAAAGUGUGACCCACCUCUAGAAGUUACGGACCUGUUCGUUGAUAUCCAAGAUGGCAAAAUCCUGAUGGCUUUGCUGGAAGUCCUCUCCGGGCGAAAUCUGCUGCAUGAAUACAAAUCCUCAUCACAUCGUAUUUUUCGGUUGAACAACAUAGCAAAAGCACUUAAGUUUCUGGAAGAUAGCAAUGUCAAGCUGGUUAGCAUCGAUGCAGCAGAAAUAGCGGAUGGCAACCCCUCACUGGUUCUCGGGCUGAUAUGGAACAUCAUUCUCUUCUUCCAGAUAAAGGAGCUCACGGGCAACCUCAGCAGGAGUUCCCCAUCUUCCAGCUUGUCACCUGGCUCGGGGGGCACAGACUCCGACUCCUCCUACCCACCCACCCCGACCACAGAGAGGAGUGUGGCGAUAUCAGUGAAAGACCAGAGGAAGGCCAUCAAGACCCUGCUGGCGUGGGUGCAGAGGAAAACAAGGAAGUAUGGCGUGGCAGUCCAGGACUUUGCAGGCAGCUGGAGGAGUGGGCUGGCUUUCCUGGCUGUCAUCAAAGCCAUUGACCCCAGCCUGGUGGACAUGAAGCAGGCUCUGGAAGAUUCCACCCGGGAGAAUCUAGAGAGGGCCUUCAGGAUUGCACACGAUAUCCUGCACAUCCCCAGGCUCCUGGAGCCGGAAGACAUCAUGGUGGACAUGCCGGAUGAACAGUCCAUUGUGACUUAUGUGGCCCAGUUUCUAGAACGCUUUCCGGAGUUGGAACCUCAGGAAGAUUUUGUGAAUCCAGACAAAGAAGCCCCCAUCGAGUCCACCUUUGUCCGAAUCAAAGAAAGCCCUUCUGAACAAGAAAGCCGAGUCCUCCUCCUCAGUGAGAACGGAGAGCGGGCCUACACUAUCAACCAUGAAAGCAGCCACCCACCACCUGCCAAAGUCUUCGUCUGUGACCAGCCCGAGAGCACCAAGGGUUUCUGUCUGGGUGGUAUGCCCAGCCGUGAUCUGUCAGACAGCGCCACUGAGUUCAUGCACCAGAUCAUUGACCAAGUCCUUCAGGAGAGCCCAGGGAAGACCAAUGAGCCAGCGCCAGAGUCUUCCAUCUUAUCAACCAGAAAGGAUGGCCGGAGGUCUAACUCUUUGCCAAUCAAGAAAUCCGUCCACUUUGAGGCUGAUUUGCACAAGGAUGCCUCGUGUAGCAAAGACCCUUUCUACAGCUCAGACUUCCGCUUUGAGGGGAGCCCAAGGGCGGCAAAGGAGGUGUCGAAGCCUGAUAGCUAUGUCUCGGUGGUUGAGGUUGCCAAGGAAAAGAAGACAGAACAGGAAGCCAGGCCAGCGCAGGAAGCUGCCUCAGACAAGGGCCCUAGAGACACUGUUGGUGUGGAUGGCAUGCCCCACCACAGUCAGCCUCCCCAGGACCCCACAUUCUGUAACGGCACUGUAGAGGGUCCAGCUAGCCAAGGUGAGAAAGGCCCUUCUUCUGCAUCCCCUGGAGAUCAUACUAUCCUGGCCAACUCCACUGAGCUCAAGGUUCAGCUGCUGACUGUCGAGCCUAUGGAUAAAGAUGACUAUUUUGAAGGCAUCCCCCUGAAGGCUUCCAAGUUUAACAGGGACCUUGCAGAUUUUGCUUCCACUAGCCAGGCUUUUAGUGAGGAGCCAUCACCCCGUGAGAAGACACUUGAGGAGGAGGAGGGUUUUGAGAAUUAUGCUGAGAAACUGGGGAAAAAGAAGUCAAAGUCUCCCCAUGCAGAGACAGAGUCCCCUGAGUCCCAAGCCGAGCCUGACAAACAUGAGUCUCCUCCCAAGGGCCCCGAACAAGAAGAUCAGGACCAUCCUUUGCCCCCAGAAGAAACACCAGCAGAUAAGAAACCCGAAGUGUUUGAAAAGGCCAAGAGAAAGUCCACCCGGCAUCGCAGCGAGGAAGAAGGAGAAGCAGAAGACCUCUCCGGGGUCGGGGGAGAAAUGCCAUCCAACCCUCCGAGUACCAGUGUCAGCCUGGAAACCCUCAGGAGUCACAGCGAAGAAGGGUUGGAUUUCAAGCCUUCUCCACCACUCUCGAAGAUCUCCGUCAUCCCGCACGACCUGUUCUAUUACCCGCACUACGAGGUGCCCCUGGCCGCAGUGCUGGAGGCUUACUCGGAAGGUGGGGAGGAUUUGAAAAAUGAAGAUGCCGAUCUAGGGGAGCCAGAAGAGGGCUAUCUGCAGGAUUCCAGGGAGGAGGAGGAGGAGGCCCACAGCUCCCAAAGCAGCUGCAGUUUCUCCUUGCCUGUUGACAAUGGCCACCCCAGCGUUAGUGACCAGGUGUCCCAAGUUGAUGAGAAUUCUGAGGGGCCCACGUCAGCCUCAGGAACUGGUUCAUCACCCUCCCCCGAGGACCACCAACAGAGGGAAACCAAAGAGAAUGGCCCUGUGGAGAGCCAGCAGCCCCAAGAACCUCCAAACCUGGAACUCCCCACAAAACCAAUAGAAGAAAAGUUAACGGAAGCCUCAACUAGCAGUAAAAAGAAAGAAAAAAGGAAACAUGUGGACCAAGUAGAAAGCUCAUUAUUUAUAGCCCCUGGGACUGUCCGCUCCUCAGAUGACCUUGAAGAAAACCCCUGUGAACACAAGAUCCCAUCCAGGAAUAGCCACAGUGACUCCAGCAUUUACAUUCGGCGACAUGCUAAUAGGUCUUUGGAAUUGGACCAUUUUAGCUAUGUUCAAUUGAGGAACGCAGCCGAUCUGGAUGAGAGGAGAAACAGAGUGCUAAACAGGUACAAUUCUCAGAAGCUCACUGAGCUGAUUUUACAGUUUUACGGCAUCAGAGCAGACAUGAAGAGGGAAAGCAAACAUGCCAGGCUGUCUAUGACUGGCACCAACUCCUCUGGAGAAGCUGUGCCCCUGGGAAGCCAGAGCCCGCCCAAUGACUCUCUGACACAGUUCGUACAGCAGCCCGACGUGAUAUAUUUCAUUCUUUUCCUCUGGCUCCUGGUCUACUGCUUGCUGCUCUUCCCCCAGCUUGAUGUCAGCCGGCUCUGAAACGUGUGUCUGGAGAAUAAAAGACAGGACCCUGACCAGGGUGGAGUCUGCCUCCUGCAUCUUACUGUCUGUUCAGGGUUGAGCCACUUCUGCAGAGAUGGAAGACCUCAGAGGGAACACAGGCCCCCACCUCCUGUUGCUGUCUGGUUCAGUCUUUGCUCACAUGUCCCCUCGAUUCUCUAAGACUUGAGAGCAUGCUGACCUCCCUGACUGUGUGCUCCGAGCUCAGGUUUGAGGCUGGAUCUGCGGACAGGAUUCCUCCUUAUGUGCCUUGUUUGAUCAGAUGCGAGUCCUUACGAAUGUGUACUCCAAACCCGGGUCUUGGCAUGUGAACGUGCAGGUGUCUAAGCUCCUAAUGAGCUUAAGUUACUUACUUUUAUCUCAGGGGAGGUUCUGCCUGAUUUCAAGAAAGAACGGAGUCAUACUAGGAAGAAAAGUGCCCUGUUCUCCUCUAUGUGUGAGUGUUUGAGUGAAGGUGAUACAGCUCCCAUGAACCUGUCCCAGCCUGAUGACCCAUUGUGUUCACUGAGGGAGUUCAACAGCACACCUGCCUGCUCCCCAGCAAUUACACCUGGGCAUUGGCAGGCUCCAGAGAAGAGGGCGCUCUGCCAGCUUUGUUGUGGGCCACGGCACAUUCUUUCGCCUUGGCUUUCUUGGAGGGUUGCACUUUUAAUUCACUUUUGCAUUGAUUGGCUCGAGGUAGAGCUGUAAUUUUCAAACCUUCUCCACCAGGAGGACCUCCCAUCAGAUGAAAGAAGAAAAGGGGUCAGUCUAGAUUUGCAUUGGAAGCCAGGCUCUGGCUGACUGGGAUAGCCCUAAGACCGCCUCGUAUUCUGUUGAGUUUUCUGUCCAGAAUCUGAAGUCCUUAUGGGGCAGCAUAAGGAGCCCCAGGGUCCUGGAAGUGUCUGGGUCAGAAUAAGCUCCCAUGAAUGGUGGAACUGGAAGGGAUUCUGCAGGUUUCUGGGCUCAGGAUGCACACCUUGGCACCAGCAUCCUUGGCGGUCAACCAUAACAGAGAUCUUGAAAAGGUUUCUGGAAAGUACCAGUGCGUAGGCCAGGGCAGGCAGCUUGUGAAGAGAAUGGUUUCUUUCUUCACCCUCCUAUUGCCCUCACCUCUGCCCCAGAGUCCUCUGCCCUCUCCUCUGUGCAAAGGUUCGGGUCUGCAAAGACUCUAAGUUCCUCCUCUCCUCAUCAUCCCUCUCAAAAAACACAUACUAGGCAGCCCUCAUAAAGCAGUAAACUGAGCCGGGCGGUGGUGGCGCACACCUUUAAUUCCAGCACUGGGGAGGCAGAGGCAGGCGGAUCUCUGUGAGUGUGAGGUCAGCCAGGGCUACACAGAGAAACCCUGUCUCGAAAAACCAGGAAAAACAAACAAACAAAAACAAAACCAUAAACUGUUCGUCAGGAGGAAGGGGUCCCAGGGAAUAUCUUGUUUAGCUGAACUCAGAGAGGCAGAGCAGGCUGUCAAGAGCUACGUCACACAGCCUACCAGAAACAGACUGGCCAUGAGUUCCCAGGCCACGUGACCCCCAUUCCAGAACUGUUGCUUUUUUGUAGAAGACUUGCAACCAGGUACACAAGCGUCCUGAAAAACCUAAGUAAAAUGUCCUCACUCAAAGCCAUCAUUUUUAGGCCAUUUAUCUAACCUUCAAGCUUAUCCUUAGCUCCUUCUAGAAUGUUCUGGACAACGGUAAAGGCUGGUGUGCCGCUUGCUUCUCUUGUUGCUGUGACAGAAGAACUGACAGAAACAGCUGAAGAAAGGGGGGUUGGGGGCUCACGGUUCCAGGAUAACCGUCGAUGAUAAAGGGGGGGGGGGUCAUAGCAGUGGCUGCUCACAUUGUACUCACAGUCAGGAAGCAGCAAGAGAUGAACGCUGGUGCUCAGCUCACUUUCUCCUUUUUUGUUCAGUUUGGGCCCCCACAGCCCAUGAAAUGGUGCUGACCACAUUCAAGGUGGGUCUUGUCUCUUUGGUUAAGACUUUCUGGAAAGAGCUUCAGAGUCACAGCCAGAGGUGUGUUUCCAUGGUGAUACUAAAUGCGGUCAAAUCGACAAUGGAGAUGGAACGUCCCAUCUUACAUUUGACAUGUGAGCAUUGUUCUUAGUCCGGGAGCCAUUCUCCUGUAGCAAGCAAAAGACUUGCUUAUUUUUAAACUCUUUGUAUGUUUAAACAAUUUAUAUAGCACAUCGAGUCACGACAGCCAAAAACCUGGCCUCUCAACCAGAUUGAUUGGUACCUGCCUCCUCUCCCAGAGAGAAUCGAGGCAUUCCUAGGGGGAAAGCUUUGGGGAGCUUGGAACAAUUCCAGGUUGAGGGCCCGAAGCUCCAUAGAAAGUGAACUACUAAAUGAGCUCCCCGGUCCUAUUGGAAGUUCAAAAGUACAGAUGAUGAAGGUUAUACGUGUGAUGUUUUAUGACCUUGCACAUUACAGUCCUCACCCAGAUGAGGUACCAAAGAAGAGUUGACCCAAAUAUGAGUCAUUUAUUUUAUGGGACUAGACCUUGGUCAGAGGUCUCUGCAUGCUGCUUUUUCUCACCUCCUACAGCUUCUAACAGCCUUGAAAACAUCUACAGGCAAGAUGCCCAACAGUCAUUGGUUUCAGGCCUGCAGGAAGUUGACAUUAUUUUGAAGGGAAAAAAACCAUCUUGAGUGUAGGGGUGUAUAGAAGAGAGUGGAUAUGGAAAGCUGCUGAGAAAGCCAUCCGAUCCCUUGACAUCCUUUUUAAAAGAUUUAUUUUUAAAUUGUGUGUGUGUGUGUGUGUGUGUGUGUGUGUGUGUGUGUGUGUGUGUGUGUGUACGCAAGUGUAGGUACCCAUGGAGCCCUAAGAAGGUAUCAGAAGAUCCCCUGUGUGGGUGCUGAGAGCUGAAUCAGGGUUCUCUACAAGAGCAGUGUGCACCAACCACCACUGAGUCCUGUCUCCAGAUUUGCUCAGCAUCUGUUAAAUAAGAAAAUGUUGUAGGUUUGCAAUGAGGACAGCUGCCCCUGAGGCUUUCUUGUAGCAGUAGUCCCUUACGUCACUUUCAGCCAUUUCUCCUACAGUUUUCCUCUGUGUUUCUAUGUGACAUGCAACACUUUAAUGUGUAUACAUAUAUAUGUAUAUACACAUAUAUAUAUAUAUACACACACACAUACACGCAUACACACAUACACACACACACACACACACACACACACACACACACUUUACUAGUUUAAAAACAUCUACAGACUUGCUAAUACCUUAGAUGGUAAUUCCCCUCUCACCAAUACCAUACUGGUUUUCCCAAUAUAGUUAGAUCACGUGGCUGAUGCAUCCCCAUUUCGUGAUAAUGCUGUCUUGGGCAUGUGGGGACUGUACUUCUGAACUAAGUUGUGGGCUGUGGUUACAUAUCCUUGCUUGUUACCCCCCUCUUUCCCUCCUUUCCUCCUUUUCCUUCUGGGUCCCUUCCCCAUCUCCCUCAAUCCAUUCUUCACUAACUUUUUGAGAAAUGGAACAUAAGAAAUAAAUGUAGGUAUUUUUAGAUUUUUUUUUUUUAAUGACUUAAAGUGUCUUGUCUUCUGCCCUUACCAUGUGGCUGGGCGUAGAUCUGCAGGUGGAAAUGGUGCCCUCACCACUGCUUCCCAAUGACAUUAAAAUUUCCGAUGCCAUUCCUAUCCCCAUGCCUUUAUGCGUGACACAAACUCUCCCCAUCCUGGAGACAUCCCCAGUCUCUUCUCGGUCACCUGACCUGAUGCUCUUGUGUCCUUGCUGUGGUACCUAUGCUGAAUCCUCAAAGAAAUUUUCUUAUGCUCUCUUGCAAUUGCUUGCUUGCUUGCUUUCUGAAUCCCUGGCUGUGCCAGUGUUGGGCCUUCUUGGCUCAUUUAUAUUUAAAUGAGUCGGGGUGCAGGUCUCCUCUGUGGCUGAUACAAGUGGGGAGCAUUAUCUGCUUUCAGAAUUGCCUUUGUUUUCUCUAAGUUUCAUUCUCUUUGUUGGGCUCAGUCUCCACCUUUCAGGGUCUGAAAAAUACCUGCGUCUAUUCAUGUUUAAAGAUGAUGCAUCCAGGGGCUGGCAGGAAGCUCUGAUGACCAUCUGGUAAGACCAGUGUCGCCCAGUGGUCUGGCCUAACUAUGGAGCGCCCACCCUAUCUGCAGCUGCAUGUUUCUCCUGGGGCUUAGUUCAUUUCCUGACGGGUCUUCCCACCACUCCUGCAUGGAAAAGAGGGACUCACACGGGGCUGCUGUUAGCCUGUGCAGUGCACUUGUUCGGCAUCAGUAAUCCUGUCCUCUCUGGGCAGAAGCCACCCUCCAUCCACACGUGGUUUAAUUGCCAGAGGAGAGCUAUUUUCUCUUUCUCUGAGCAGAUACAGACCUCGGCUAGGACAAAGGCUGGGUUUGGACCCCCACACUCUGCCUUGGCCAGGUGCACAAACCACAGGACGGGACCCAGAGAUCUCUGAGUACUGAGUCUGGGCCUUGAAGAAGGCAGCCUCAGUAGUCACCCUGUGACCACCUGAAGUUGGUCCUGACUUCCUAGUCUUGUGUCCCUGGGUGGCGCUUUUCUUGUUCUCUAGGAGUAGGAGGCAAAGCCAUCAUCUGGCUGCAUGGGAGGGGCAGGUGGCCCAAGAAUUAGCACUGUAUCUUAGCCUACCUUCACAAUUCCGACUCCCAAGCCUUCUUAGGUGCCGAAGUGGGAGGUUCCUCAGUGCUGCCCCCUGCAGGCAUGUGGUGUAAGGACCCUUCCCUGCUUCCUUCUACUUCAGCUCUGAAUGGGUGGUGUCUGUGGCCUUCUGUCUACCUUUUCCUGUCCAUGGCUAUGGGACUUUCUUUUCCUUUGCACUUAUUCCGACAGGUGAAAUAAGUAAGCACAUAUGUUCUACACUCUUAGUUUCAUUGCUCUCUGUUUUUGUUUGUCCUCACGUGGGCUUUCUAAAUAGCCCAGGCUGACCUUGAACUCUUGUUCCUCCUGCCCCAUUCCCCUACGUGCUAGGUUACAGGCGUGCACCAUCAUGCUUGGCUUCGGUGUGCCAUCUCGAUCCAUAAAUGCCUUUGGGUUUUCUUGCUGGUGGGUUAGGUGGCUCAUUGUCCUGCUGACUUCACUGCGAACUUGUCCUGAAGGACUCCGCUGAAGCUCUAUGAUGACGUCAAGGGCAGGAGAGCAUCAAGUGGCAUGAGAAAGCUCUGUUUGAAGGUCAAGGCUUGGCGCAUGCCUCCUCCUUCCUUUCCAGUUUUGCCACCUGCUCCCACGGAACCCUUAGAUCUCCAAAAUCCUCACAAGACACACAUGGUGUGGUCACGUGGUUUCUAGCCUUUCUGUACCCGCCACCCCACCCCGGACUCCCAUGUAAGGAACAGGUCAUCCACACUGGCAUUUGCCAGACAGCAGACAAGGUUGUGCACCAGUUGCUGUUUGGAGUUUGGGCAGGAUUUCCCCCUAAAAGCUGUGGUUUUUCCCUAGCUUUUGGUGACAGAGUCUGGAGCCUGCUUGGCAGAUGUGACCUUAGUGGAGAGAUGUGCUCCAUCACUCUCUCUGGCCCUGUGUUUGGCCACUGUUGGGCUCAGCUCCGGUCCAGCAGCACUCACUGGAACUGUAAACAAUUGCAUUGAGAAGGCAAGGAUUCUCUAAGUCAUAGUCUCUUUGGUGGCUUUGAGGACCAUGGGAAGGUCCAGCACCUUCAUUAGAGAUGGAACUGAGGUGGAGGAUCAUGUGAGUCUCUAGCUGCAAUACCAGUCCAGUAGGAUGUUAUCAAAAUAAUAAUAAUAAUAAUAAUAAUAAUAAACCUACAGAAAACAAAAAAAUGAGCAAAGAAAGCCUCAUCACUUUUCUAGUCAGUGACUUUGGGAUGAUCAUUCCUUCCCAAUAAAAGUUUGUAUAAAACUCCAGCCACCCCCAGUGAGGCCCCCGAACACCACUGGAGUGCAUCUCACCAUCAGAGGUUAGCCAGUGAGUAGGGGCGCACCUUGGAAGAACAUAACCUGGCUUCCACAGUGACAGGGGUCUCUUUCCGUGGAUGUCAUUGGCAUGAUGAUGUGAACUCCUUCAUGUUGAUUUCAUCUUCUCCCCAGACUCCAGAGGGCUGAGUGGAGUCUGAGGCCUAGCCUCCCUCUCCCUCCUGCUUGGAGACUCUGUCUUUAGGGAUCACCACUGAUUUUCCUAUCUGGACUCAAGGUGAGGUAGGGUCUGUGGCCGAGUGACAGGUGAGUCUCCUAGUCUAUCCUCCUGGAGAAGGGGAUGUUCUCAUGAGCGCAUCUAAGGAUCUAGGUUGAGUGGCUGAAGACUUGGUGCUGGUGUCUUUCUCUCAUUGGCUGAAAACCCUUUGGGGUUUUCCCUUACCCAUUAGCCAAAGUGACAGAGCAGCCUUGCCUGGACUGUGCCCCUCUCCCUGACAGUCACUUGGGCAUAGUUUCUGCCUGGCUUCUCUCUGGUCUCACAUGGCCUUAUCAUCUACCAGCUUUUAUAAGAGGAAGUGUUAAGCCAUUGUAUACUUGUAAAUUCACUUGGCCAACAGUCCAGGGAAGUACUUCCUUCAAAACACUGGAUCAAGAGAUAAGGUUGUCACAGCUAACUAACUCUGGCUUUUGUGACGAGAUUUACUGCUUAGAAAAACAAAGUGAUAACCUGAGGAGAUGCUGAUUCUGGGGCGCCAGUCUACUUGGGAGUUGUGGGUGGGAUUCUCUGAGCUAGCCCUUCCCUUACCCUUGUACUCUAUCCCUACCCACUGCCUUCCCACCAAAUUUUUGCACACUUUGAACCAACCUGUGCACAACCACUUAAAUCCCAUGAAAUCCAUGGUUAACCUACAAAUGUAAAUUUAUGGCAAAGAAAAAAAAAAUGUUGGCCUCUAACUUGUAGCAGAAAAGCUCACUAUCCAAAACCAAACACAUGGACCCUCAGUAGCAUCAGUCAGCACUGUGUCCCACCCCCAGCCGCUCGCUGCCCAUCUCCACCUCCAGCACGUGCUUCUUGGAGAAACAAUUCAGGCUUUCUCCUUCAAACAUAAACCUAGGGAAAGAAGGAUUUAGAGGAACAUAGUGAAGACUGAGGCUUGAAAGCCAGCCAUGGUGGUGCACACCUAUAAUCCUAGCACUGAGGAGUCUGGGGCAGAAAGGCUGCCAACUUGGAUGAAAGGAAGAGUGAAAUCCCAUCUCAAAAGAAGAAAAUAAAAACAGCAAACAAAUAAAAAACAACUGGACAAAAAAAAAAAAACCCCACAAAAUCAACUUUAAAAAAGAUUUCAUUUUUAUGUUAAUGGGUAUGAAUGGUUUGCCUGCAUGUAUGUGUUUGGACUAUGUGUGCAGAGCCCAUGGAGGCCAGUGCAGGGUGUUGGGUCCCCUGGAACUGGACUUACAGAUGGUUUUGAGCCACCGUGUGGUUGCAGAGAACCCAAACCCAGGUUGCCUGCCAGAGCAGCAAGUGCUCUGAAUCACAGUCAUUUCUCAAGCCCCCCCAAAUAAACUUUUUCAAGCAUUAAAACUCGGGGUGAGUGGUGAGGGGGAUGAAUUCUUUGGAUAAAGUUAUAAUUGUCCUCUUACAUGAGAAUCCUUUUUUCUUUAAGCUUAAAAGUCAUGAAUUUUUGCAUUGUUAUUAAAAAAGAAAUAGAAAAAUCUCACUUAGUUGGAGGCUUGUUUCAUUUGUGACAGUGAACGCUUUUUUUUCUUUUUUUUUUUUUUUCCAGCACGUCAAAAGUCAGUAGGAACUGAGACUGUAAGGCUGUGGGGGAAGAGCAGCCAUAAAAUGCCUGUGUUCUUGAGAGUCGUGUAAGGAUUGAGACAUGUUUUAAAGGAAAGUUGGGGAGUCCAAGUUUAAGACAGCCCUGGCUUGGGAAUCCCACCCUGGCUCAGCCACAGACACCUUGGAUAAUGCACUUACCUCUCUGGGUGGAAGGGUGGAGGACCACAGCAAAAGUGCUCUCAGGGUUGAAAGUUCCAGGCUUUGCAAGGUCUGUCUGUUUGUUUUUAUCUCUGUAAGUGAUCAAUGCACUUGUGUAAAUGAAUGAACUGCCAGCUUGCAUACAGCUUGCAUCGGUUGGAUGUCUGAGAAAGGUGCCUUGGGGGGGCGGGGCGCGUUGGUAAGCCAAGGGUGGCCUGACUGUUACAAGGUAUGAAGUGGAACCUGGUAGUUCUAAGUUGACACCCUAGACAGUGUCCCCGGGGUAUUUCUUUGGAAUUCAGUAAUUUAGCUGUAGGAAUAAGUAGCUAUAGGCAACGGCCUGGAUCUUCCCAUCUGUCCCAGCUAAGAGAGCUGUGUAGGGCAUCCCAAGGGGGGUGUGGUAGGGAGGGUGGGCUUUACAGUGAGGGAUGCACCUGCCUUCUGCCCUUGAAAUUGGACCUGACAAUGCUACCUGCAUUAUUUACUUUUGUGCUGAUAAUAUCAGGCAAAGACAAAUAGGAAAAUGUUCCUCCCUCCCCAGCACUGUUGGGACAGGUUGUGAAGCCUGGAGACAGGAUGGUGUUCUGUCUUGAAUACCUCUUACAUAGGGGUGGGUGGUUUGUUCUUUCAGGGCCUGGGAUAUACUUAACAGAAUUAAUGUUUUCUUAAUGGCAUGGCAGAAGACCUCAUGGCUUGUACCUGAAAGUUGCAGAACUAUUGAGUGGGACAAAAGCAAAAUGUUAUUUUGUGGUAUAAGGAUUAUUUUGUCUAUUUAGUGAGCAUAGCUAUAGCUUUAUAAAAACAAAGGGAUCUUUGUAAAAAAAAAAAUAUGCUGUGUGAAUGUGCGCUCUUAUUUAUUGAUUAUUGUGAAUGAAGAUAUAAAUGGAUAUUUGCAUAAUUUAUACAUGUGGGAAAACCCCUGGAGUAUUUGUUACUUGAUAGUUUUCUAUCAUGGAAUAUUGGGCCUGGUGCUACGAUGAAUGACCUUGUAAAAUCACAUGUAUUCUUAAGAAAAAUUUUCAAUAUAAAUUUCUUUAACUGA